CACACACACACACACACAGGACAGCACACACACACACACACAGCACACACACACACACACACACACACACAGGACAGCACACACACACACACACACACACAGGACAGCACACACACACACACACAGGACAGCACACACACACACACACAGAGAGAGAGAGAGAGAAUAGGGUGAAGAAUCACAGAUAACAGACUGAAAUUGGAAGAGUACAAAAAACAAAGUUUCUAUUUUUGAAAAGUACUUCCUCUCUUAUUUAGGCCUAAUUUAAAAGGUGUGAACUCCUGUUCUCUCCGUGCGUUCAUUAAAUAUUCACCGCGAUCUAAAUAUCCUGACGGUUACAGAUUAAAUGCAAUUAUAAAAGCUGGCAGCAGCGUAUAGACCGGACAUCGUUAAUGUUAAACGUGCACAAACAAAACCAAAACAGAGUCGCCACCAGAAUAUCUGAUCUGAAUUAUAACAGUGUGAAAAGGGUCGACCUCCCCCAAAAACAUCAGCGGGUGGCACGACGUAUACAACAAUUUGAACUGCCCUCUUCCUUUUUAUCUAUGUCACACACUCCCUCUCUCUCUCUCUCUCUCUCUCUCUCGCUCGCUCGCUCGCUCGCUCGCUCUUCCUCGCCCUCUCUCUCCUUUUCUGACUCCGCUGUCUGUCACCGGUGGCGGCGGCAGGAGAGAGAUUGAAAGUGACACUCAGGGUCAGUCUCCUCUCGCACCGGUUCUUAUUUUCUACGGAAUCGGACAGCCAGAUAGACAGACAGCCACACAGACAGAUAGAUAGACAGAUAGAUAGACCUGGAUUCUGUGUAUUUGCUUUUCGUUUUCUCCGUUGAUUGUCAUUCCAUUUCAGUUUUUGUAUAUGUUCCCGAUAAAGGUGCAAAGUGACGUUCAUGACCAGAGCUCAUCUUCAGACUGUGGUGACAAGUUGAAGACACACAACCCUUCUUCUUCUUCUUCUUCUUCAUCGUCAUCUUUUGUGCGAGCAGUUGUUUUGUGAACUAUAGCAUACUCCAUCAGUCUCCGUCCUAUCCACAGCCCUCUGCAGACCGCGACGGGCACUUCCACAGGAACCGCUGCACCCUCUCAAUCCACUCAGCCAAGCCGAGAGAGAGGAGCGAAGAGAGGCAACAGCGACAAACCGCUUGAAACCCUUUCCUAUAGAAAACGAAGCCAACAAACUUCCCGCCCUGGAUUCAUUACUUUUGAUCCAUGGACAGAGCCUUUUCCCGAGCCAGUCCAGGCACAGACACGCCAUGAGCAGCCCGUACUCGUUGGUGGGAGCGCCCUCUGUUGACUGGAGGAGUAUGGAGCGGCGCAGCGAGAGCCCCGGUCUGCGGGACAGCCCUGAGCGGAGGAGCAGCAGCCCUGACACAAAGGGCCCUCCGCCUGGGAAAAUGGGGCGCCUAGAGCAGAACGGGAGUCCCACAGAGGCUUGCAGCCGCCUCAACGGGGCCACAACACGCUCGCUCGGAGGUCUCAUGAUCCCCGUGUUCUGCGUGGUGGAGCAGAUGGACAGUCCCCCGGAUGUGGACAGUCGGGAGGAGCAUGCCGAGUUUGUGUUGGUGCGGAAGGACGUCCUCUUCAAGCAGCUGGUGGAGACGGCUCUGCUGGCACUGGGGUUCUCCCACAGCUCGGCUGCACAGGCUCGGGGGAUCAUCAAGGUGGGCCGUUGGAACCCGCUUCCGAUCCACUACCUGAGCGACGAGCCAGAGGCCACGGUGGCAGACAUGCUGCAGGACGUCUACCAUGUGGUGACGCUGAGAAUCCAGCUGCAGAGCCGUGCCAAGCUGGAGGACUUGCCCGCGGAGCAGUGGAACCAUGCCACUGUGCGGAACGCCCUAAAAGAGCUGCUGAAGGAGAUGAACCAGAGCACACUGGCCAAGGAGUGCCCUCUCUCACAGAGUAUGAUCUCCUCAAUCGUGAACAGCACCUACUACGCUAACGUCUCCUCUACCAAGUGCCAGGAGUUCGGCCGCUGGUACAAGAAAUACAAGAAGCUUAAAGGGGAUUACUUAGAGAAGAUGUGGGCGGGAAGAGAAAACACGGAAAUCAAAGUGGAGAGAGACAACCUGUCUGAGUUCUGCGUCCUGGGCCAGCGUCCCUCACACCUGCCCGGCCUGACCCAGCUGAGCUCGCUGGGUGGAGGGGGGGAGCGAGAACCUCAACAGCAGCAGCCCCCCCCUCACAACCAGCUGCAUCACAGCCCCCCCCUGCGCAGCCAGGUCCCCCCCGGAGCCACGCUGCAGCCCCUCAUGGGCCCCACAGGCCUGCUCUCCCCCCAGCUCAACCCCCAGCUGGUCCGGCAGCAGCUGGCCAUGGCGCACCUCAUCAACCAGCAGCUAGCAGUCAGCCGGCUCCUCGCACACCAGCACCCCCAGGGCAUCAACCAGCAGUUCCUGAACCACCCGCCCAUCCCGCGCCCUGCCAAGCCCGUCGAACCCGGCUCCAACCCCAGUGGCGUGGAGGUCUCGCCCGAAAUCUACCAGCAGGUGCGGGACGAGCUGAAGAGAGCCAGCGUCUCACAGGCCGUCUUCGCCAGGGUGGCUUUCAACAGGACGCAGGGCCUGCUCUCUGAGAUCCUGAGGAAGGAGGAGGACCCACGUUCAGCUUCGCAGUCGCUGCUCGUGAACCUGAAGGCCAUGCAGAACUUUCUGAAUCUCCCCGAGGCCGAGCGGGACCGAAUCUACCAGGAGGAGAGAGAGCGCAGUAUGAACCCGGCCGCAGGGCUGCCCUCCCCCAGCACAGCCCCCCCCGGGGUCCCGCGCCUGCCGCAGUUGAAGCCCCCCGGCCCCAGCCCAGACUUGCCCCUGAAGGUGGAGGGUCUGGGAAUGUGCAUCACCUCCAUCAUCUAUGAUGAGAUCCAGCAGGAGAUGAAGCGAGCCAAGGUGUCCCAGGCACUCUUCGCCAAGGUGGCUGCCAACAAGAGCCAGGGCUGGCUGUGUGAGCUGCUCCGCUGGAAAGAGAACCCAAGCCCGGAAAACCGCACACUGUGGGAGAACCUGUGCACCAUCCGGCGCUUCCUGAGCCUAGCGCAGUCGGACCGCGACCUGGUGUACGAGGAGGAGUCGCGGCACCACCACAGCGAGAGACUGCAGCACACUGUCAUACACCCGCCUGCAGAGCCGAGCCAGGUGCUUCACAGGCAGUCUUCGCAGCCAGCCAAGGAGAGCUCCCCCCUGCGCGAGGAGCCCUUGUCAACACCGAUGGGCAGCAGUGGUGAGGACAGCGGAGGGGCUGGAGGCGGCGGCGGUGUGAAGAAACCUCGCUCCCGCACCAAGAUCUCCCUGGAGGCCCUGGGCAUCCUGCAGAGCUUCAUCCAAGACGUGGGGCUGUAUCCGGACCAGGAGGCCAUCCACACACUGUCCGCCCAGCUCGACCUGCCCAAACACACCAUCAUCAAGUUCUUCCAGAACCAGCGCUACCACGUGAAGCACCACGGCAAGCUGAAGGAGCACGUGGGCGGAGCUGGCAUUGACGUGUCCGAGUACCGCGAGGAAGAGCUGCUCUCCGAGUCUGAGGAGACCGGGGACAGCGAGGAAGGGCCUGAGGACAUGUAUGGAGUGGAAAGUACAGAGGACAGCAAGGAUAAGAGCCACAACAACCUCAGCGCCUCCGCCACCGCCAGCCCAGAUCAGCACAGAUAAUACCCCAGAGAGCAGGGAGCCAAGGGAGCUGGGGGGCAGGAGGGGGUAUGAAAUUCAAAACAAACCUGGCAGCUUCUUGCACACCAACGUCAGGCCAUUCAAGGCAGCAGAGCAGCUGAUAUUGAGAGACAGAGCAUUGACAGGGUCGAGAGUGAUUAAACAAGCAAGCAUUGGUGAAAGUUCCAAAACCUCCUCUCUUAUUAGUUAGUGGGACACAUCAGAAAGGAAUUUCCUACAACCUCCCCGACCCCCUAAUGUGAUAUUGAAGUAUUACAGACCCUGAGACAAUCAAGGAGGUUCCCCUCUUUACCCGCCCAUCUCACCUCUGCAGACCCGUCUUCACCCCACCCUACCGCACCCUCACUCGAGGAUCUGUCCUGGUUUAACAGAUGCGCAGGGAUAUCUCUCUCUGGUUCUCAGCUCUCCCAGUCCACUCCUUGCUGCUCUCCUUUUCAAGCUCCUCACUGAUCAGCUCCUCACUGAUCAGCUCCUCUGAGUGCUGUCGCUGCUCACAGGAAGACAGUUUCACACCAGCAGGUGGAGGAUAUUUAAGAAACGUUGGAAUGCCCCCCUCCUCAUUAUCACCUCGCCCUUGCCCUCCGGGGUCCCGAAACCGGCCACACGGUUCUGUGUUCCAGGUUCACUCUGGGGGUUGAGUGAGAACUGGGAUUCACCAGAAAAAUUGCGAUCAGAGAGCCACAUCACCACACCUCAUUGCGCAGCUUCACCCACACAGUCUUCAUAACUGCGUGCAUGUUCCGGGCUGCAGUGAAGGGAGUUCUCUGCCCUCACUCUCUCCUCUACAAUCCUUUGCACCGACUCUCAGCUCAGCAGUAUUACACAGAGAGAGGGAUGGGGAAAACAGGGCUUUACUUCACAGCAGAUUUGCCUUUCUUGACUUUGUUGCACUUAGAAUUCUGGGGGAUAAAAGAAUGGACAAUGAAAGUUCAUUGAGAAGAAAGAAAGAAAAAGAAAGAAAGAAAAAAAGAAAGAAAGAAAGAAAGAAAGAAAGAGCAAUCAAGCAUGCCUCUGUGUUCAUGUACAGCACAUGCAUUGCAUGGGAUAGAAACUCCACCAGAUUGUGAAACAUGUUCUCUUUAAGGAAAGGGAAUCUGCACACUGUUUCUGCUCCUCAACCACUUCAUAAUGAGUGGAUCUGGCUCCGAGAAUGCCUCCCGCUCUCAGGGCGUGGUGCCUGUUUAUUCUUGAUCCCUAUUUAUUUUCUAUGUUUAUCCGUGAUUAUUAUUAUCAUUUUUUUAUUUUAAGAAAUCCCUAUGGCUUCCUCUCUGGUGGCUUUUUUGGGAAUAUUUGAGGUAUGUAUUUUAUGAAGAAAAAAAGAGAAAAAAUCAACAAAGAAGAAGAAUGAGUGAAUGACAAAAUGUAAAAUGAUAAAAAAAAAUAAUAGAUUACAGAGUUCUGUUACUUUCUGAAAGACAAGGCAGGCUAAUAAUGGUACAGAACAGAAGUUAUUGUGAAACAGAAAAUAAUCUACUUUUGCUACUUUACUCGACAAUCUUGUUGUUUCCACUGUCAAGAGAGGAAGGCUCUUGGUUCGUUCGUCUGUCUCCCUGGCAGAAAGCUCUUAUCCAGGCACAGAGUUAUCUGUCUCCACUGAAUCCAUUGAAUUCCUAAAAAUCAGGACUGUUAUUCUCAAAAACACUGACACUGACACAGAGGUUCAGAGGACCUUAUUUUUCAUUUGGCUAAAGAACACAAAUCACUAUAUAUUUGAACCUGUUUUUUAUUUGUUUCUUUGUAUUGUCUUUUAUGUCCCAUAACAAAAAGGGACCAGCUUGCUGAGUUAUUUGGUUUCCAAGAAUUGAAAAGAAAGUUGAGUCAUCAUUUUGGGGUUCUUCAAUGCAAGAAAGUAGCAACCCACAGUAACAACUAAUUGAGCUGGCUAUUCCCAGUCCUGGCUGUCUGAGUUCUGCCUGUACUGUAUUUAACCCUUUGUGUUGACUGUGGAGCCUUGUUUGGUGCGCGCAGGUUACCCCACUACAGCACACACACCCUCCAUGUUCAGAGUGCUCUGGGAUCAAAAGAAGAGUGAGGCAUGCCGGAAUCUCAGUUUCUAUCUCACUCUGAUAACUCCUUUCUGUUCUUACCGCCUGUGUUGAGCUAUCUUGCUGUCAACAGAUUUAACAUUCCAGAUAGCAGCAGUGAUAACCAGCAGACCCACCCGCUCUCUCACACUGUGCUCAGCACAAGGAUUUGCAGGUUCAAAUCCUGAGCCACAGGCAGCUGUAACACAACUUGUUCAUCUCUAACCUGAGCUACUCCAGUGCCAGCACCCAAUACGGUGUGUAUGGAUUGGGGCGUCUUAUCGUUCAAGACUGAUUGAGUGUUUGAAGUUAUGGAUUAAGACUGAAAGACUGAUGUCCAGGUAGUGGUACAAUUAUAAUCAGAGUCCCUUUAUCCUCACAGAGAGAUGCACACAGAUCUGUAGGCUUAUUCUCAGUACUAAGGGCACAUACACGUUUAAGAGAUAAGAAUCUACCCAUAUGGAACAGACAUAGACGCUUCAUAUAGGAGACAGUAUGAAACAUGUUCAGCUACAUGAUAUAAUGGAGGGUAUCUGUUGGGACCAGAUUCAUGUCUCCCUAAUGUUUAAGCCCACAGCUUGUUGUUGGAAACCCCAAGGUGGACAGGGUUAGUAAUUAUGAGCAGAGCAGGGGCAGGGGUUGAUUGUUAGUUUGAAAAUGCAUUGAGAUCAAUGGAAAAGUCACUAUGUCCAAAUAGAGAUUUAUGUUUCAUAUUAAUAAAUGUUGUACCCCUAGUGGCAGACUGCCAUAUCUCAAUGUCAUUUCACAGAGCAGACUUUUUGAAGUCCCUUCUGACGGGUAGAAUACUGGAAACAGUUGCACCACAUCUGGUUAGCUUACAUCAUGGUUUUUCUCAUUUGAAUUGAUUAUUUCUGUAAAAUGCCUUGGGGUGAUAGAUAGAUAUAUAUAUCUCUCUAUAUAUAUAGAUGUUUGAGACAUGUGUUUUUUCCAGAUGGGCGGGUGGAAUUUGAGCACUUUGUUGGGAAUCCAUUAGUGAAAGAAGGCUGAGUGUAUGGCAGUCUUACCUCAAAGACAAACUGUAUCUGAAUUACUGUGGUCAUUAUUGUUAUUUAAUUUGGUAUAGAGAUGUCUUUUUUUGCAUUCAUUAUUGUAUAAUUAUAUUGAGACUUUAAUAACUAGAGUUAAGGAAAAGCUGCUCUUACCUAAUCACUUUGCUACUUUAUCUUAUUUUUUAUCGCGCUUAUUAAAUCAAGUUGUGAGUGUUUUAAGGGAAUCUGUGUUCUUUGGACCGUGCUGUUUGAGGUGUUCAUGUUUGUGCUCUUCUGUUUUUUUAUUCAUUUUCUAAAGGAGGACAGUCUCCUCGAUUGGCAGCAAGGACACCCACCAUUCUGUCUGUUAAUCCCCAUGCUGUUCCUUUAAACCACAACUGCACUGUCACUGCAAUGCAAUGUGAACCUGCAGUCUCACGUGAUGUCACUGGCACUGCAUGUAGACGGGGGUAACCAGCAGUGCAGUGUAAGUUACAGUGUGACUGCAGUGGAGACAGACUGUACUCUGGCUGUAUGUUCCAGUCCACCCCACUGUUUACUUCACUGUUGAAAAGAAUGUUAGCUUGCCAGUCGUUGGGAGACUGUGGUCUGUUGUCAUGCAAGUAUGCCUAGGCAGGCCUGGCAAAUCCAACAUUAAUGCUGGUUCUGCUUGUUUAAAACACAGACCCUCUGCUAAGCUCAAACAGUCAGCUGUUACUGAAGCCCGUCUGUUAUUGGACGCGUCCAUCACUAAGUGUGGCCCCUGUUUAUUAUUUGACCCUCUCAGCGUUGUUUUGUGCGCUUUGCUUGUGUUACUGUUGGAAGUGAAGCCGUGGCCAGUGAGACACACAUUCUUCCAUGAAUUAUAAUGCAUAUAAUGUCUAUUUAUUCAUUAUCUGUCAUGCCAUAUUAUCUUGAUUGGGAAAGAAGUUUUUUUUGUUUUGUUUUGUUUUGUUUUUAAUUAAGUUGUCGCCAAUUAUCUUUAUUGUUUUCUCCCCAAUUUAGUAAUGUCCAAUUAUUUUUACAUGCAGCGGACUCACCAUGCAGCCACCCAGAACUACAGUGUCAGAGGACAACGCAGCCCUGGGCAAGCCACAGGGGUCGCUGGUGCGCAAUGAGCCGAGGACACCCUGGCCAACCUUACCCUCCCUCACCCGGGCGGCGCUCGGCCAAUUGAGCACCGCCCCCUGGGAGCUCCCAUCCUCGGUCAGCAAAGGAAUAGCCUGGACCUGAACAGGCGACGUCCAGACUAUAGGGCGCAUCCUGCACUCCACGCGGAGCGCCUUUACUGGAUGCGCCACUCUGGAGCCCCUAGUGGGAAAGAAGUUUUAAAGAAAACAAGCAAAAAAAAAGUUUGUUUCUUGUAGCGCCUCUUGACAAAGCACAAUUUUCCGCCUUCUUUUGUAAAAUGAAGAUUAUUAAUGCAUCAGCAGCAGCAGCAGCAAUGUGAAUGAGGAUUAUGCGAUUGCUAAAUGGUCCUUUUUUCGUGUAAAUCAAUCUGGUCUUUGUUAUCACUAAGUGAUAAUUCAUUUUUAACUUAUGUGCAUUGUUAGGCUGUUGUAGAUUUUUUUGUUGUUGUUGUUCAAAAUAAAAUGCAUCCAAUAAGUAAACUGAAGUUUAUCAGUAACUGUGCCUCCUUCUCUAUACAGCAGAGCUCUCAACCUGUGUGCUGUCUUAU